AUGAGCGCGCCGCUCGCCGCCAGCAGCACGCGCACCGCCGCGCGCACCGAGCGCGACGCGCGCAGCCGCGCUCCGCCGCCGGGGCGCUCCGUGUUCAGCACCUUGCGCCGCAGCGGCGUCGCGCACGGCAGCGGCGGCGGCGGCGGUGGCGGCUCCUCCCGCGCGCCGUCGGGCAAUGCGAACUCGGGCCGCGGCGCCGCGUCCGCCGCGCUGUCGCGCCGCGGCGACUCGUGCCGCCAGCGCCGCUCGGCCACCCCGCGCGGCGGCGGCUGCGCGCCGUCGGGCGGCUGGCGGUGCAGCAGCGGCAGGCGGCGCGGCGGGUCGCGGCGCGCGCGGCGAGGCGAGGCCCGGCGCGGCGAGGCGCGCGGCGGCGGCGCGGGCGCGGCGUGCAGUAGGCCGGCAGCGGGCGCGGGCGGCGUGCGCGGUGGCGGCGCGUGGUGCGGCGGCGCGCGCUGGUCGGGCGGCGGCGCGGCGCGCAGCGGCAGGCCGUAG